AUGCUCCGCUCACGGGUCGUCCACAUAAAUUCAAGGCAGCUGCUCAAGCGCUGUCUGUCCUCAACGCCGCGACGAGCAAACGAGCCCUUCACAGCAAAGGGUCUCGAGCGGGCAGAGGACGAGGUCGACGUCUGCAUCGUUGGCGGAGGUCCGGCCGGCCUCAGUGCUGCCAUUCGACUCAAGCAGCUGGAACGAGAAAAGGGCAAUGAAAUCCGGGUCGUCGUCCUCGAAAAGGGCUCAGAAAUCGGUUCACAUAUCCUUUCCGGUGCAGUCAUCGAGCCCCGUGCCCUCAAUGAGCUCCUGCCCGAGUGGUCCACGAUGGAGGGCCACCCCCUGACACAACCGGCCACCUCCUCCAAGAUGUUGUUCAUGACCGAAAACCGCGCCUUGCCAAUCCCACAUCCUCCCCAGAUGGGCAACAAGGGGAACUACAUCAUUUCCCUCUCCCAAUUCACUCGUUGGCUUGCCGGAAUCGCUGAAAACGAAUACGGCGUCGAAAUUUACCCCGGUUUCGCUGGCUCCCAACUGCUCUACAGCGAAGAGCCUGAUUCGUACGACCAUUGGGGGAACAAGGUCCACAGCGUCCGGGGUGUUGUGACCAACGAAGUCGGGUUGACCAAGGACUUCCGCAUGAAAUCUUCCUUCGAACCUGGAAUGGCCUUCCGCUCCAAGGUCACGCUCCUUUCCGAAGGAGCUCACGGCUCUCUGUCCAAGCAGGCCAUCAGCAAGUACGACCUGCGAAGGGAGGCUCAGCCGCAGACGUACGGUAUCGGCUUGAAGGAAGUCUGGAGGGUUGAUCCUUCCAAGCACGAGCCCGGAAAGGUUCGACAUAUGGUGGGCUGGCCCAUGGAUUAUCAGACCUACGGUGGUGCUUGGGAGUACCAUGCCGAUGGUGGACUUGUAACUCUCGGUCUCGUCAUUGGCCUCGACUACAAGAAUCCUUAUCUCAGCCCGUACCGAGAGCUCCAACGCAUGAAGCACCACCCUUACUGGCGAUCCCUUCUUGAAGGAGGCGAGCGACUUGCCUACGGUGCCCGGGUUCUCAACGAAGGUGGUCUGCAAUCCAUUCCCAAACUCUCCUUCCCCGGUGGAGCCCUCCUCGGUUGCUCAGCAGGUGUCGUCAACAUUGCCAAAAUCAAGGGAACCCACAACGCCAUGAAGACCGGUAUGCUGGCUGCCGAAUCCGCGUUCGAAGCUGUCCAGCAAGAAGACGCCGAUUCCAAGCCCAGCGAUAUGUCCAGCUACGACAAGGCAUUUAACGAUUCUUGGGUGUACAAGGAUUUGCAUGAAGUCCGCAACAUGCGACCCGCGUUCAACACUCGGCUCGGUCUAUGGGGUGGUAUUGCUUGGGGUGGACUCGAUUCGCUCAUUUUCAAGGGACGAGUUCCAUUCACGUUCAAGCACGACAACUCGGGUCAUGCCAAGAAUGAGAACAAUACUUCGUCCUUGGACUCGUCGCAUACGGAACCCGCUAGCAAGCACAAGCCUAUCGACUACCCGCCCUUCCAGCCACCACUGUCCACCGACUUGAUGACCAGCGUUGCUCUUACCGGUACCAACCAUGCUGAAGACCAACCUGUCCACCUCCGAGUCGUCAAGACCCGCAAAUUCGUCGAGGAGCUCGCUGAAAACGAAAAUCUCGCUGUCGGCGCUGGUGUCAACGCUGUCAAGAGCGGCGUUGAAGCCGAAGCCUUCUCGGCCGAAGAGGUUGCGGAGGAGCGCGAAACCCGUGUCAACCACGUCAAAGUCAACGUUGGCGAAUACGCUGGUUUGUUGGGUCGUGCUUGCCCCGCUGGUGUUUACGAGUAUGUGGAUGUCGAGGGUGAGAGUGACGAGGGUACUUGGCAGGGCCUGACAUAG